AUGAAUCCUUCACUACUCUACCAUAGUCUCUUUGAAAUACUCUUGAUUUACGUUUUACCUAUCAUUCUACUAUUCUUCAUCGUCCACUUGCUUUUCCCAAAGAAAUUUCGACUAGUAGUAAUCAUUGGUGUUAUGAUCUUAGCUUUCUUACCUUCAGAGGCGACCUUCAUAAUCUGUCUAUUUCUUCUCAUCUUUUCUAUCCUUGCAGGAUUCUUAGCUUUUUGUUUCUUCGCCAACAAAAUCAUCAACUUCGAUCUAGGCUUUGAUGACUUUCCUCCUUCUUCUAUUCCCAUUGUCAUUGCUACUCCUCCUAUUCCUGUCAUCGUUAUCACUCCUCCUACCAAACCUCAUGUUACAAACCUACCUCCUGGAUAUUACCAACAAGAUCCGGCCUUUCUUAUGGUCAUUCGUAAGUCUAUUCGAACAAAAAGAAAGAGCAAAACUAGACCUAGACCUGGACCUAGACCUAGCGCUCCAAAUGGGCGGCCAGGAUCAAGAUGGAUGGCUUUGUUUUAUGUUUUUUUGAAUACACUCUUUCAUGGAAUUCGCUGGGUCUUUUCUUGA